GCUUUUCCCCGCGCACACUUCCGGCCUCCGGUUCGGGCGGACGCGGGAAGAGCGCAGCGCGGCUUGGAGCGGCCGGGGCCCGGGCGGCGGAGGAUCCGGCGGCAAUCGGGGCCAUCCGAGCGGUCACCAUGACGGUGGGGAAGAGCAGCAAGAUGCUGCAGCACAUCGACUACCGGAUGCGCUGCAUCCUGCAGGACGGACGCAUCUUCAUCGGGACCUUCAAGGCCUUCGACAAGCACAUGAACCUCAUCCUCUGCGACUGCGAUGAGUUCAGGAAGAUCAAGCCCAAGAACACGAAGCAGGGCGAGCGGGAGGAGAAGCGAGUCCUGGGCCUGGUGCUGCUGCGGGGAGAGAAUCUGGUGUCCAUGACGGUGGAGGGGCCGCCCCCCAAAGACACGGGCAUCGCCCGGGUGCCGCUGGCCGGAGCCGCCGGAGGACCGGGCGUGGGCCGCGCCGCCGGCCGGGGGGUGCCCGCCGGGGUCCCCCUGCCCCAGGCCCCCGCCGGCCUGGCCGGGCCCGUGCGGGGAGUGGGGGGACCCUCCCAGCAGGUGAUGACGCCCCAGGGCCGAGGGACGGUGGCCACCGCCGCGGCCGCGGCCACCGCCAGCAUCGCGGGGGCGCCCACCCAGUACACCCCCGGCCGCGGGGGGCCGCCCCCGCCCAUGGGCCGGGGAGCCCCACCCCCAGGCAUGAUGGGCCCCCCUCCCGGCCUGCGGCCCCCCAUGGGCCCCCCGAUGGGCAUGCCCCCCGGCCGAGGGGCUCCCAUGGGCAUGCCCCCUCCGGGGAUGAGACCCCCGCCGCCGGGACUGCGAGGACCCCCGCCCCCGGGCAUGAGACCGCCCCGGCCGUAGGAUCCCCCGGGCCCCGCCGCCAGCCGAUGUACAUAGACCGCCUCUCCAGCCUGGUUUGUAAUAAAAGGCAAAAAGACCCCG